AAAAGUACCAAGAUAUUAUAUUUAUAAAUGUUGGAAAUGGUGAUUGUUUAAUAAGAGACAAUAUAAAAGCAUGGACUGAAAAUAUCAAUACUCAAGAAAUAUAUUAUAUUAUCACAGCUGUUCAAAAUGCCACUAAGAAUCUUUGCGAUGUAGUAGUGAAGUUAAGGAACGAAAGGAUGCAAAGAGAAAUGAAUAUCCCAAUUAAUGAUAUCCAAAAUGCGGAAAAAUUUCAUUAUAAUUUACCAUUUAGUAUAUUUCCUAAACUAUUACGAUUGUUCGAACCUUUAAAACAUAUCGAAAAUGUCGCUAUAAGAAAUAUCACAGAUAUGCUAAUUAAUGCAAUUAAUAUUUUAAAUGAGAUUUCUCCUCAAUUAACUAUGUCGAACGAGCUUUCUCUAUUUAAUAUAGAACAUAAGGCGCUUGAAUUAUUUCUAAAAUUUUUAAUCAAAUCACAUCUCCACGAGAUUGUGGGUUCAUUUUUAGAUCCACGUUCGAAGCCUAAUGUUACUUUACACGAGGUGCCCAAGGAAUUUAUACUAAAUAAAUGUCAAGCCUAUUAUUCACAAAUUACCUGUUCUUUUGGUAAUAAUUUGGAUAAAUCAAUACAAGAAUUAGCAAGUGAAGAAUUGGAACGCUAUAUUAGUCUUCCACGAUUUCCGUUUAGUGAAAACUUUGACCUAUAUAAAUGGUGGAAAGAUUCAAAACAUAUAUUUCCUGGUUUAGCUACUCUUGCAAAGGAAUAUUUACCUUUGGUGUCAGAUAACAAAAUUACAUUAAAUAAUCUUAAAAAAUUUUAUAGUGUUUAUCAAGAUGAAGAUACAACAAAUAAAAUAGCUUUUUUAGAUU